CACAGCAUCAACAGAAACCCCUACUACAACAGCAUCAACAGAGACCUCUAGCACAGCAUCAACAGAGACCCCUAACCCAUCUACGACUAGGACUCCUAGCACAACAUCAAAUGCAGUGUCCCUUACCACAACAUUAAUAACUCGGAACCUUAUCACAACAUCUAGAACACUGUACGCUAACACAGCCUCCACAACAGCGACCCCUACCCAAGUUUCUACAACGAAGACCCCUACCACAACAUUUACAAUUGAGAGCUUUACCACAGCAUUUACACCAGCAUCCUCUACAACAGCUUCAAUAACUAAGAUUGCAACUACAGCACCUACAACCAUGGUCCCUACCAUGGCAUCUACAACCGCAUCCCCUGCCCCAUCAUCUACCACAUUAUCUACAACAGAGAGCCCUACAAUUGAGACCCCUAACACAUCUACAAAUGAGACUCCUAGCACAGCCUCCACAACAGUGUCCCCUACUCAAGCCUCUACAACAAACACCCCUCCCAUAGCAUCUAUACCAGAGGCGUCUACCAUUGCCUCAACAACAAAGAAUGAUACCACAGCAUCUACAACUAUUAUCCCUACCACUACAUCUACAGCUAAGAACUUUUUCAUAGCAUAUACAACAGUAACCCCUACCACAGCAUCUGCAACUCAGAUCCUUACCACUACAUCUGCAACAGUGUCCCCUUCCAUAGUAUCUACACCCAAGACACCUAACACAAGUCAUACAACAGAGACCCCUUCAAUUGCAUUUACAACAGCAUUCAUUUCUAAAACAUCUGCAACAGUGUCCUCUUCUACAACCACGAGCCCUGCCACAACAUCUGGAAAAGAGUCCACUGCACCAUCUUUAAAAACCUCUACAGUCUCCCCUACUCAACCAUCUAAUAUAGUGUCCCUGUCAGAAACAUCUGAAACACAGACCUCAACCACAGGAAAACAUACCAUAGCAUCUACAACAGUGUCCCCUACAACUACAUUCAUAAAAAUGUCCUCUUCCACAACAUCUACAACCAAGAGCCCUUCCACAACAUCUACAAAGUCCUCAACUGCAGGACCUACAAAACAAAACUUCACCACAGCAGCUACAGCAGUGCCCCCUAUAUUUGAACAUACAGCUGAUCCCCCUACAACAACCUCUACAUCGUUAUCCCCUAGCCCAGCCUCAAAAGUCUCCCUAACCCACAUUUCUACAACAGAGACCAUAACUACAGAGUCUCCUACCAUAGCAUCUACAUCAGAGGCCUCCACUAAAGCAUCUAGAACAGCAUUCCCUACCACUUCUAAAUCAGUUAACGUUCCUGUUCAAUGCCCUUGUGAAUUCAUGACAGAAAGUCUACAAAAACAAGAUAAGGAUUUUUUAAGUCAAAUAUCCAAGUGUGACAAAAAAUCAGUGGAGCAGUGUAAUGUCGUCUCUUCAAUAUUAAGAGGUGUUAAAAAUAUUCUUACUGACAAAACUGCAUUUAAUGGGCCAAAGAAGGAGAUUCAUUUUACCGGUUUUUAUGGGGUUGUUGCUAAAUACAACAUAACUGACGAGAAACCUCUUCUGAUUUCAUUACCUGUACAAGGUAUACAUCCAGUGGGGAUCAAACUUACACCUGAAGCAUUACAGCAGGCUAGUGGUCACAAUAAUGACUCCUCACAAUAUGGUGUUGGCAGGUUUAUAAACUCCAACUUAUUUCCGGAUAUGCAGAACAGUUCUCUUCUCUCAGAUGAGGUGAUUGCAAUUGAACUGGGGAGUGCAAUCUCCAAUCUCACUGACAACAUAACAAUAACCUUUUACCAUCCAGACACCUUGCAGUCAGAGCUGGUGUUGGGCUAA